AUGUCUUUCGAAACUAGAACCAAAUGGUUCCUGCUGCGUGCAUUCCGCGCAGACACGGCGGAGGAGCGCCUCUUGCGGAUGAACAAAUAUUACGCGUUCAUGCUUGCCGAGAAGAGAAAGCCCCAGCUGCUUCAUGAUCUUGAGAGCUCAGCAGCCAGCUCGGCAGCACCAAUCGCAGCUCCCGCCACUCCUCAAGUCUCGUCGCCGGAGCAGAGCCAGAAGAAAAAAGCCUCCCUAAGAACCAUGCCGAACGAGGUGUUAGACCGCAUCUACGAUUGUCUCUUCCUCCUUGAAAGUACGAAGAGCGUCUACAACAUCGCCGAUCUCCCAUGUCUCACCGUAUGCCACCUAUUCCUCGACGUCGGCAUCCGUAAUCUCCUCCGCAACCAACGAUUCGUCCUCUCAUCCCGCGAAAGAGACGCCUUCCCCCACGCGGUCUGCACCGAAGAAGUCACGCCACCAAACCCUCCAGAAUUCUCCAUGGGCCCCACUGAGAUCACCAAGUAUCCCGAAACCUCAGAGUUCAAGCAGACGGGCGGCCUGCUAGACCUUCGAUCGUUGCUCCGAUUAUUACCACUCAUGUCGAUCCACGAUCCGCUCGCCCACAUCACAAAGCUACGCGUCAAUAUCGACAUCCCAACUCUCAAACUCGAACCAAUCGAGCCCAGCAUGGCCGCAGGACCAGGCACGACCGUCCAUGAGCGCCUUUGCACGUAUCCCCAGGACUUCUCGUCCGUACCAGACCUGGAGAAGGUCAAAUGGUAUUACGCCGAUUUUACGGUGGACAAGGCACAUUAUCACAUGGGUGUCCUCACCAAGCUACCAUUCAGGAGGCUGCGAACGCUGGAGCUCCAUUUCGGGAACAUUGAUGAGCGGAGCAAGGGCCUGCCGGCGAAAUUGCUGGGCAGAUGGAUCGGCUGGUUUCUGUGGGGUAUCAAGAUCAGAGAUAUGGCGAAGGAGGUUGUGGUGGUGGAUGAGGAUCCUAAGUUGAAGGCUUGGCUUGAGGAUGUUAUCCAAACUGGGGGACCGGAGGGUUCAUGA